AUGAAUCAUUUUGUAUAAACGGAUGCUGGUCGACGGAUCAAAGUUUAGAUGGGUUUUUUCUGUCAUGGUGCCUAAUUUUCUUUAUGACUUCUCAGUGGUCUCAUCUUCAAUCUCUACCAGUUCAGGGUUUGGAACUUGCCUACGAUCUUUCCGGGAUCUGAUUUCCUUGAUUCUUGUGCCUCCUCUCAUGGAGGAGCCGACCGCCAAAUCGGCGUCUGCUGGCGCCGAUUCACCGAGAUCUGUGCCCACUCCUUUCUUGUCCAAAACGUAUCAGCUCGUUGAUGACCAGACGGUCGACCAUGUCAUUUCGUGGAACGACGAUGGCUCUACCUUCAUCGUUUGGAACACCUUGGCUUUUGCUAGAGACUUGCUCCCCAAGCAUUUCAAGCAUAAUAACUUCACUAGCUUCCUCCGCCAGCUCAAUACUUAUGGAUUUCGAAAGGUUGUAUCGGACCGGUGGGAGUUUGCGAACGAGUGCUUUCGUAAGGGCAAGAAACAGCUUCUAUGUGAGAUUCAGCGUAGGAAAUUGACCACUCCGGUGCUGACCACUGCUUCUAACUCGGUUGUGUUGACAGCCGUUGGUGCUCCGGCGAUUCCGUCUGCGCAUCUAUUGACGGGGAGUUCUUCCGGUGAAGAACAAGUGAUUUCGUCGAAUCUAACUCCGUCGAAAGAUCUUGCGGAGCUGAUUGAUGAGAACGAUAAGCUGAAAAAAGAGAAAGUUCGGCUGACGGAACAAUUAACCGAGGUGAAAUCCCUGUGCAACAAUAUCUUUUCCUUGAUGUCGAGCUUCGUCGAAAACCAAGUGAAAAGCAGUUGCAAAGUUAGAGAGAGUGUUUUAACGUCGGCAAAAUCGCUGGAUCUUUUCCCGGUGAAGCGGCGUUCCGAAGAAGACGAAGCGGCAGAGGCCACGGAAGCGGAGACGUAUCAGAUCGGAUCAAAGCGGCCUAGAGAAUACAGGGAGGAUGAUACUACUCUGCGACUUCAACCACCGGAGAGACCGAAAGUGAAAUCAGACCGGAUAAUUUGUGAACAGAAAGUUGAUAAUGAGAAAACGUGGCAUAAUCAGGUCCACUGAGAGAGGAUCGUGAAAUAUCUGUAAUUAAAGGGCUAGGAUUAAAGUAUCGACUUUCAGGUUCUAGUAAUCAGUGGUGCAGGGGAUCAUUCCUCAAAUGUGGGAAAGAUGGCACGUGUGGCAGCCUUUUAGGCUGAGGGGAUAAAUUAAGGAAAUUUGAAUUAAAUAUCAAGUGUAUUUUUUGUAUUUUGAAAGGAAAGAAGUAAUAUUUUAUUUUUUAGUUUUA